AUUUCUUUUGAGUCCCUAACCAAAGCCCCUUCUUAUCUCUUCCCCUUUCAGCCCACAACACACACACACAUCCAACGGGCAUAUAACUCUUUGUUUUUUCCUCUCUUGUUGUCUAUACCAUAUUAUUAUUCUCAACCCUAAAGGUUUAAUCAUGAAAGGAGGUAAAACAAAGGCUAAAUCUGAUAACAAGCUCGGCGUUAAGAAGGCGGCUCCCCAGACUAAAAAGGAGAAGCAGGCUGCUAAGGAUCCAAACAAGCCUAAGAGGCCAGCAAGUGCUUUCUUUGUUUUCAUGGAGGACUUCAGGAAGCAGUAUAAGGAAAAACACCCAAACAACAAAUCUGUAGCUGCUGUUGGUAAAGCUGGUGGCGACAAGUGGAAACAUUUGUCAGAUGCUGAGAAAGCUCCUUACAUAGCAAAGGCAGAGAAAAGGAAGGCUGAAUACGAAAAGAACAUGGAUGCUUAUAACAGGCGACAGGCUGGUGAGGCUGAAGAGGAGGAAUCUGACAAGUCAAAGUCUGAGGUUGACGAGGAAGACGGAAGUGACGAGGAGGAGGAAGAUGAUGACUGAAGGAAAUGUUAGCGAAUGAAGAAAUUGGUGGAGAAGCUGUGUAAUAUCUUAGAGAUUUCCAUAUAUGACUUCCUCUUUUUCCUAUUAAAUACUUGUCUUUUGCUUAUCUUUUUGGGUAUCUUAGGGUAUGGAAAAAGAUGAAAUUAGGAAAUUGCUGCCUUUAAAGCUCAAAUGACUAUGUACUUUUUAAUUUGAUGCUGCAGCUUAAUGUUAAAUCGGAUAGGCCUUAGUUCUUUCUUGGCCAGUAUAUGGAAAUCAUGUGUUUUUCUAAUUAAUUAAUUUAGCAUCUUGGCAAAAAA